UCAAAGUAGAAAAAAAGGGAAAUAAAGUGAAGUGUGAUCAGAAAAAUACCUUGCAGUGACAGGCAAAAGUAAAGCUGAUGUUUUGCAGCAGGAAGGAGAUGAAAGUCUAGGCGGUUAAAUUGCCGGGGGCUGUUUAGAGUAGCGACGGCAGAAGCAAGUGUGGGCGGGGAGAGAGAGGAAGUGUUGCCGACAGGGGAGGAAUUUAAAGCCCCAUUGUUCUGGGAGAGCAGAGGCAGAAAGAGCAGACACACUCCGGACAACAUGGACGUGAGCUCAGCCAUGGAGAAGAUGUCUAUGAAGCAGAGUGCAGGAGGUGCAGCCGUCUGUCAUGUAUGUGAGGGGAGCUGUUCUGGAUACCAGUCACAUUCCUGGAGCGCUGUGGACCAUGCUCCGGGAAGUGACGUUGAAGAUGACCACCGAAUGGGACGCCUCCUUGCAGACUCACCCUGCUCCCACCUGACAGCGAAGGUUAAAGGAGGCGGCGGUCUUCGCAUAUACAAGAGGAACCGCAUGAUCGUGACCAAUCCAGUGGUGUCGCGUAAAGACCCGACCUUCAACACCACGACGUACGACUGGGCGCCAGCCGGCCUCAACCAAACACUGGCCAUGCAGUAUAUGGAGCUCAUUCCAGAGAGUCUUCGUACCAUCUCGGGGACAGACGGAGCGUUGAAGCGGCGCAGGCAGCUCCUCGGUCAGCUCCCCGUCUACGAUCAGGACCCCAUGAAGUGUCUGAGCCUCGCCACUGAAGAGGAGAUUUCUGCCAUGCUGCUGUUUGUGAAGAGCUACAAGCAGGAGGUGCUGGGAGUUGGGGAGGUGGCUUUACCUGGCGAUGUUGGAGCUCUGCGGGAAGCGUCCAUUCAGAGGAUGGCAAAGGAGGUCAAGGACCGCAGCAACAGUGACAAGAAGGAUGCUCUGAAACACCAGGACCACGGCUCAACCAACAACAACAUCUCAGAUACCGGCUCCACUAACGGAACAGAUGACAGCAAGAAGACUGGAUAUCAUUGCACAGGUUGCCAUGGUGACGUUACCAUGGAGAGUCCAGCCGUAUACGCUGAGCGAGCUGGUUACCAUGAUGCCCUGUGGCACCCCCCCUGCUUUGUGUGUGCGGUGUGUGGCCAGGGGUUGGCGGACCUGGUGUACUUCUGGUCCAAUCAGAAGCUGCUCUGCGGACGACACUACUGUGAGACGGUGUGGCCGCGGUGCUCAGGCUGUGAUGAGUUGAUCUUCUGUCAGUCUUUUCACACGGGGAAAGAUGGAAAAACUUGGCACCAUCAGCAUUACUGCUGCUGGAAGUGCGGACAAAACCUGGAUACACCCUGUCAGCACUGAGACACAGUGUUAACUCAGUAUGGUGAUUUAAAGAUUUAGCCUUGCUCCAAAACAGGAUUCUAGGGUCAAAAAGACCUAAAUAAAACCCAGUAAUAUAUACAAUUAAAUGAAAUGAGUAACACAAUAAUACAGAAUAAGUAACGCUUAAAGUCAUUACAUUUUAUUUUCAUUUGACAAGCAUUUAAAAUACUCCAGAUGAUGUAUCAAUGUUUAACAUACUUAAUCUGACGUUCAAGCACUCUCAGUGGAGCCUACUGGCAUUUUAAGUACUUAAGGAAAUGUUUAGUUGACACAAAAGUGUUUAAAGUACUUAAAGAGGCAUUUGGUGGAUUUAUUAUAGCACUUAAAGGACUGACAGUGACUGGAUCCAGAUGGUUUCAGAUCCAAAAAGCAGAAGCAGAUUUGUGUUUCAUUUGAGGAAUAAUCUAAUUAUUUGACUUAAAGCUUAGAGAACUGGACAGGGAGAAGGCUGAACAUUUAAUAGAACUGUGCUGGAUUUUUCUGAUUGUUUUUUACCCUUUGCUUAUACAAGUAGAAAGUAUGGAUUUUACUUUUAAUUUAGCAUUUUCUUUAUUUAGUUCUCUUUGUUUUCGAUACAUUUGCUUGCGGUUAAUAUCCUUCACUUUUUAAAGGUAUUUUUAUACAUACAUAUGUGUCCUCUCUGUGUUAAGAGAUUUGGAAAGUUUCAGGUUUUGUCCUGAUCCAUCUUUAUAAAAACCAGUCUGAAAAUUAGCUGAUCAGAUUUUGGCCACUUUGUGAUGUCACUGCUUUUUGGGUUGUGCAACCAUGAGCCACUAACCAAUCAACGUAACACCACCUUAUCACCUGAAUCUCCUCCAGAGCACCUUUGUGUUUUUUAAACCAAUCAUCUCGCAGAGGGGCGUGGCCAGCAGCAGCUCAUUAGCAUUUAAAGCUACAGACACAGAAUCAGCACUUUUGAAACAGAGGGGUUUAUGGGAUGCUACAAUGCAUGAUCUGUUUGGUAUUUCAGCUAAACACUUCAGAGACAUGUUUUGUAUUUAUUUAAGACAAAAAGUAUUAUAGGGGAGCUUAAAAGCAAAAUGCCAAUUGUUUAUAAACAAGAAAAAUGUUUUAGCUAGUAGUAUUAUUAGAUAAAUAUGUUGCAAAGUAGACAAAAAUACUGUUGAAUACAAUGUUAAAUUAAAAUAAAGAUAAGCAUUUUAUGGGAAGGUAAUUUUUAGGAAACAGGGUUGCACCAUGAUACAAUGAAAUAUAACAAGGAAUUUAAUAUUUAAAUCUUUAAUUGUGUGUGUCAGUUUGAAAUGUUUAGCCUAGCUUAGCACAAUAACUGGAAGUUUGAGCCUAGCUCAAUAAAUGAAGAAAUAAUACAAGUUUUAUAUGAGCAAGAGAUUGACUUUGGCGGGGUUAGAUGACAAUCAAGGAUUUCUAAAAAUCAGAAAUGAAGAAAAUCCGUUUUUGUGUAAAAAUGUAAUGAAGGAAUACCCAGAUAAAUGAUAAACUGUUGUCAGUAAACAGUAUUGGACAAUCA